CUUCAAGCGCGCACCCUUCGUGGACUGCGCGUCACCGCCCUUGCCCGGUGAGAGCGAGCUCUGCGGAGCUGCGGCUGCUUGUGUUUUUUAGGCAGUGACUGUUGGGUGGAAGGCAUCGUUUUGGGGUGGUUAUUCAAACUAUUACACAUAUCAUUAUUAUUGUACAGUAUACACGGAACCACGGGAUUGUUGCUGUUAGCGGGAUUACAUGUGUCGGAGAUACGGAUAAUACAGUAAGAUAUCCUUGAAAAAUCUGUGGUCUCCUUUCUGAAAAGAUUUUCUUUCUUUGAAAGAAUGCACAAUUGGCCUGGAUUACCUCGGCUCUCCUGAUCACAUCCCUCUUGGGUCUGGGGCUAGCGAAUAGAAGAGCAGACUGCAGCGUUGCAUUGUGUCAGCCUACGGUGAGGGCCUAUUGAAAGAGUAACGCUGAGUCUUCUCUACUGCAUACCAGCCAUCUCCCACAAGCACCACAGCAAAUGUGAAGAAGGUCAUUUUCAAGACUACUCUGUGUUCCUGGGGAAGAAGUGCCCCCAAAGAAAGCCUCCUGUCUGGACUGAAAGACGAAAGUUCACUGGAGCUUAGCCAUAAACAGAAGUCCAUGCAGCAUGACGGGCUGGCUGACAGACCACAGCUAACCACAUAAUAAAAAGCACUUGAGACCAGCAACUACAACAAGAACACCAAGGCUGAAGAAAAGUAUUUAAAAAAAAAAGGCAUUCUGAAGCAGGGGUGUCCAUGGAGGGGAUCCCUGUACACUGAUCUGCUGGGACACAGUCACCACCUGGAGUAAUCAUGUCUGCCUGCAACACCUUCACAGAACACGUGUGGAAACCAGGCGAGUGUAAGAACUGCUUCAAACCCAAGAGCUUGCACUGCCUGACUAGAGGAAACUUAGAGAAGGGCCUCCAGCAGCAUCAGCAACAUCUCCCCACUUCAGGUAGAGGAGGUGUAGGCCACUUGAAACCCAACGCCAACCACCGGGGUGGUGGGCCAGUGCGCUCAAGCACAACUGCUCACUUCCGCCCCCCAGUGGCCAAGAAGCCCACCAUUGCUGUGAAGCCUACUAUGAUGUUAUCCGCCGCUCCCCUGGAUUCUGAGGGGAACCCUGGUCCUCCGCAGACAGAUGGAAAAACCUCAUCAUACAUGGUCUGGAACUGCAACGGGAUGAAUCAUAAAAGGCCUGGGGGCAUCAACAACAACGAGGGUGAAGGAGGAGAGGAGAUUGUGCCAAGCAGCAGCAACAAUGGGUUAACAGAGGUGUUGAAGGAGAUUGCCGGUCUCUGCUCUGGCUCCAGCUCAGGCUCAAGCUCUCGGAAUCUCUUUCUGGGGCGCAUCAGCAGUUGCUACAAGCGCUCGUUAGAACGGGGUUUGCCAGCAUCCAGCUGCCUGGCAGUGGGAAGCAGUGGAACAACACGGGAAGGGAACCAGAAGCAGGUAUCACUUAGCGGGAGUGCAGAAGUAAUUAGUACAGAAGGUGGCCUCUUCUGCUACCCAGAUUUCUCCAGUGAGGGAGAGGAGGAUGAGGAUGAGAGCGAGACGGAGGAAGGUGGUGAGCAUGAGAGCUGGGAUGAGAGUGAUGAGGAGCUACUAUCCAUGGAAAUACGCAUGCGGGGCCAACCACGUUUCGCUAACUUUCGGGCUGCUACCCUGUCACCUGUACGAUUUUGUGGAAGCAAGAAGUGGAAUACUGUGCCACUACGAAACCGCUCCUUGCAGCGCAUCUGUGCUGUAGAUUAUGACGACAGCUACGACGAGAUACUGAAUGGCUACCCAUCUGAGGAACCACACGGGGGUCCCAUCCUAAUUCCCUACAGCCAGGACAGCAUGCAGGGCUCCUGCUUCUUUUCCAACUCUGAGUCCACCACAUCUCCCGACUCCUCUUCUUCCCUUCCUGAAGACUCCCGUACCACAUCCAGUAGUGGGAGCAGCGCUCCAUGCCUCAUGCCCAACAUUAUAACCUCUCCAAAAGACCCCAAGUCAGAUUAUGAUUGCAUCAAUGACAACAGAAAUGUCACCCGGUCGGCCACCAAGCCGCCAGCUUUAGAAACGCACAAAGCUGUACUGGCUGUAAGGCUGGAUGAUCAGGAUAAGGACCAGAAGGGCAAUGUUGGAGCUUUAAAUGGCUCUCCUCUUCCCAGGGCCCUACCAGGACAACCGGUGACCAUCAGUUUCCGCCCAGGGGAAGAGCAAGCUAAGCCCUACCGUGUGGUCAACUUGGAGAAGCCAGCUAUAUGUAAGCCUUACACUGUGGUGGAUGUCUCUGCUUCCAUGGUCAGCAACAAGGGUCAAAAUCAAAAUGGGGUGUCCAAAACCAAAGCCUCCCCUACACCCACCUCCACCCCUACUUCUCCUUUAGGUCAUCCCCUGACCCCAACCACUGCAGCAGCUGUGAAAUCUGUAGUGCUCAACACUUAUCAAAAGAAAUCAAGCAACAUCCGCUACCAGGAGGUUUGGACCUCCAAUACAAGCCCCCGGCAGAAGAUCCCCAGAGUAGAGCUAAUUGGAGGCGGCAUCAACAGUGAGAAAGGGGGGCCCACUGUGCCCCCCAGACACUGUAGCCAUAAGUCAGCACCCACCUCCCCAACAGCAGGCCUCUCUUCAUCUAGAACCGUGCCAGUAAAAUCACCCAACCUGUCAGAGAUCAAGUUUAACAGCUACAACAAUGCUGGAAUGCCCCCCUUCCCCAUCAUUAUCCGUGAUGAGCCAACCUAUGCCCGUUCAGCCAAGAAUGCUGUGAAGGUGCCCAUCGUCAUCAACCCCAGCGCUUAUGACAACCUUGCUGUCUACAAAAGCUUCCUGGGACUCAGCGGGGAGCUGCCACAGUCCAAAGCAGGAGGAGGGAGAGUCUCCAGCCACACCUAUGAGGAAAUUGGAUCUUCAGAGAGCAACCCUUCAUCGCCUACACCAGACACAAGCAAGAAAGCUGUUUUGGAGAAAGUUGGGGGUGAGGACCAGAAGGCAGGUAGAGUUGUACAGAAUAUCCAGGAACUCAACACAGGAACCAACACUAUUGCUACUACUACUGCCUCCAUCCAGGGAAAUUCUCUGUGCUCUCCAAGCAAAAACCUGGGCACCAUCUCUCCUGUGAGAUCCCAGAAACCAAACGAUGAUUCCUUUCUCCUGAAGGAAGGUAACACAGAGCAAUUGCCGCUGUUGGGAACCGGAACUACUCACCGGGAGAAAGCCAGCACAGUUCUCUCCCAGAUCGUGGCAUCAAUCCAACCACCGCAGUCACCACCAGAAUCACCAACAGCGCAGAACAAAGCCUGCAGUGCUGAGGACCUCUACUCCCUUCCACCUGAUGCCACCAAGGAAGCCCCUGUCCGACCCAAAUCACUCUUUUCUCUUGCCGAUGGCAGCCUGUCCAAAACCAAGAAUGAGACUACUGCCAAGCAGAUUCCCAUCACCCCUACAAGCCCCAAAUCUGAACCUGCCGCCCCCUUUCCCCCACCAAGAUCCACAUCAUCCCCGUACCAUGCCAGUAACCUGCUUCAGAGGCACUUUGGCAACUGGGCAAAGCCAGCAACCUGUGCUGGUGGUGCAUCCCGGCCAAGUGAAGCAGAGUUGGCACCUGGAGCUGGGGAAGGGAGAAGGACGGUGGCAGAAAGUGCCAAGCCCAAGCGCUGGAUCUCCUUUAAGAGCUUCUUCCGCAGACGGAAGGAUGAGGAAGAACAACAGAAGGAGAAGGCAGAUCGAGAGAAGGGAAAGCUUGUGGGGCUUGACGGCACAGUCAUCCAUAUGCUGCCACCACCCCCUGUUCAGCGCCACCACUGGUUCAGCGAGGCCAAGACCGAUGACCCCAAACAGAAACCCACCAUCAUCUUCACUUACAAGCCGGAGCCCAGUGGUGGUGCAGAUUUGUCCAAAGAGCCAGAGGAAGAGGCAGCACUUCAGGGAAGCAGGGAGAGCGAACAUAGAUCCCUGGAGCAGCCUGAGUCCAAGAGAGACGACGAGUCCCCAUCAACUCUUCUACGAAAGAAGAUGGUCAGCCAAUUGCCUAGAGAGCGGAAAGAGGAUGACAUGCCGGCAGUCCUGCAGCCCUGCACGGCACAGCGAGAGGUGCCAGCGAGAGAGGACCCAGGUAGUGCUGCUGUCACUUCAGCAUCCGCCAGCGAAGACAGUGUCAGUGUGGAGGAGCGAGAUGAGGAGGGGAGUGUAUCGCCGGCCUCCAGCAUCUGCAGCGCCACCUAUAGCAACCUGGGCCAAUCCAGGGCCAACAUGAUACCACUGAAGCAUCCCAGGAAUCCAAAAGGCUCAGAUGACACCACUAUAUUCAGAGACCUGGAAGUAUCAGACUCUGGUUCAAAAGUAACGCCCCCUCCACUUCCCAAAAAGAAGAUACUGCGGGCCAACACAGAGCCAUCAAGUGGGGGCAAAGACCCCCCCUCCCUACGGCAUAUGGAAGAGGCAAUUCCAGGGGGCAACAACCUUAGCGUGGCAAACCCUCUGUAUGACCUUGACUCGACCUGGGAGACAGCCAGUCAGGGCUCCUCGCUCAGCUCAGAGGCGCGAUUGCUAGACCACGAGUCCGGGGAUUCAUUGGAGCGGCCGCUGGGCACCUUCAACAAAGGACGAGAAAAAAGGGGCUGCCGCAGCACAGAGUCCCUGGCAGGCCAAGACAGGCCAGGGCGAGGUGGAUUGCCCAAGCCCCAGAGACAGGCAUUGUACAAAGGCAUUGAUAAGUUGGACGAGGUAGUGGGCCGGAUACGGGGGCUUCAUACUGACACAUUGCGAAAGCUGUCCAACAAGUGCGAGGACCGAUUCAUGGCUGGACAGAAGGCCCACCUCCGAUUUGGCACAGACUGUUGGUCUGACUUCCGACUCACCACUGGCAAACCCUGCUGCGUGGCUGGAGAUGCCAUCUAUUACACAGCAUCAUAUGCCAAGGACCCCCUCAUCAACUACGCCAUUAAGAUCUGUAAGAGCAAGGUGAAGGAGACCCAGCAGCAGUUCUUCCACAGCCUGGCUGUGCGGCAGAGUCUGGCUAUGCAUUUCAAUAUCCAGCAGGACUGCGGGCACUUCUUGGCAGAUGUGCCUGUCCGUCUAUUGCCUUGGGAGGAAGCUAGGUCCCCAGAGGAAGAAGAUGAGGGUAGAGGAGAGAAAAAGAAAACCACAGAGACAACCACAACAAACCACCAGCCCCAAGUGCUGAAACCGCUUCAGACAGGCCACUCCCAGACCAUAGGCAACUCUGGCAAACUGUGCAGCCGAGUGGUGGUCAUCACCCGGGAGGUGCCCUACCAGACUGUGGCAGAUUUUGUGCGGGAGGGGGAAACCCGCCAUGAGAGGAACCCAGAUCUUUAUGAGCGUCAAGUGUGUCUGCUGCUGCUGCAGCUCUGCUCUGGGCUGGAACACAUGAAGCCCCAUCACGUCACGCACUGUGACCUGCGGCUGGAGAACCUUCUCCUCGUGCACUGCCAGCCGGGUAAUCCCUGGAACUUCGAAGUCCUGGAGCCUAACAACAACAGCAGCGCUGGCACCAGCACCCCUGCCAUCAACUCAGCCUGCCCAGCACGGCUUAUCAUUAGCAACUUCUCACAGGCUAAGCAGAAGAGGCAGAUGAUGGACCCAGACAUUUUGCGCGACCAGUCUCGACUCGCUCCCGAGAUAAUCACGGCAACCCAAUACAAGAAAUGUGACGAGUUCCAGACAGGUAUCCUGAUCUAUGAAAUGCUGCACCAGCCCAACCCCUUCGAGGAGUGUCCUGAGCUGAAGGAGAGAGAGUACACGCAGGCAGACCUUCCUCCUGUCCCCCGACGCUCACUCUACUCCCAGGGCCUGCAGCAGCUAGCUAGGCUGCUCCUGACUGCCAACCCCACGGAGCGCAUCCUUAUCUCAGAGGCACAUGCGUGUCUGCAGUGUUUGCUGUGGGGCCCGCGCGAGGACCUCUUCCAGUCACUGAACACCAGCCACAGGGAGGCCACACUGCAGAACUGGCUCGACCUCAAGCGAACGCUGCUGAUGAUCAAGUUUGCUGAGCGCUCAUUGGACGCUGACUGUGCGGUCAGCUUAGAGGAUUGGCUGUGCUGUCAGUACCUGGCCUUUGCUACCACAGACUUACUGGGACGCAUUGUCAAGAUCAUGCAGCUUCAUUAACUCGGUGGCUUACACCCCCCCCCCCCCAUACAGUAUUUUCCCCUCUUGCUUAUAUACUCAUACCUUUUUUCACGUUUAGUUUUAUUGCUGCCACAUUAAAAAGAUGUGCAUGUGGAAUAGUGUUCUCCGUAUCUCAGAAAAUCCACACCUAUAGCCAAAUAUGCUACAAAUAUUUUUUUGCAAAGUAUCGAUUUUAAAAAUGCAAAUGAGCUGUGCCCUUUACUCCUCUUCUUUGUCAAUUACAGGUUUGGAAUGAGCAGAGCUCAUGUGUCCAGAUUGGGGGAUUGAUUUUAAAAGCUGGCACUGUAACUGGUUUUGUAGCAGGUUUGACAAAACUCAGGUACAGAUAUACAGAUAUACACUUUCCUGUUGGCAGAAAAAAUAUGCCUUUCAGGAAUUUUUUUAACUCUUCAUUAAUGAUUUUUCUUUUUAUGAGCUUAACAUUUAGACAUCUUACCACAGGCUCCUCUGCGUGUGUUCUUUUUUUUAAUUAUAAUUUUAGUAACAAAGUGUUGCUACACAGUGAAUCCACAGUAAUCAUAAAUCACUAUGCUUGUACUGAUAACCACAGUAGCACUACUGUGCUGUUAAAAAAAGACGUAUUGUACAACAAUGGCUAUAGUGGCACUAUAAUCUUGAUUUAUUAUAAGCAAUUGUGUUGGUCAGACCAUCUCUUACUUUCGGGGAGACUUCUGUUCUGGAUAUAUGUGCAAUUCUUGUAAAUUUUUCAACUUUGUAAAUGGCAGUAUUUAAACGUGUAUGAACUUUAUUCUAUUAUAUCCACCUCUUGUAGUGUUUGUUAAUAUCAUUUAAAUUUUGGCACAUACUGAAGUGGAAGCAGAAUGGCUCUCCGCAUGAGAAUGUUUGUCAUCACUUUGAACAUAACUCUGGGAAGCUGCCUGUUUCUUUCAUUUAUUUGUCUUGACAAACACACCCUGUUUAUUGCCACUCUGGAUGUAUGCAUCAGGGACUGCGCACUGUUAUUAUUUGUUUGUUUGAUGGUUUGGACUGAUGGAGGCAAAGAUGUGUCCUGGGACAGUGCCUGUGUAUGUGAUAUUCCCAAUAUGUUGCUGCUUCGUUCUCUUUACUGCUAAACAGUAUUUACUUUCUAAAAGUGAAUUGAAGUUUGUUUGUGCUGAUUUGAAUUUUGAAUUCCCAUGUUAAGACUGUUUGCUAGCGACAUGUGUCCAUCGUUUCCUAAAGUUAGCACUCUGUCCUUUAGCAAGGGCAGGGAUUUGCAAAGUCACCACUACAAGCAUGAUCCGCAGAAAGAGGCUGAAGGGAACAACUUGGGUUACAACCAUAUUAAAACGUCUCAUCACCUAUCCUAUUAAAUACAAUCACUGACA